GAAGCAAUGUCUGCAUCUGAACCCCUAGUACCUUCAUUAGACAAGGAUGAAGUCGACGAACUCAACGCUCUUUUUGACAAGUUCGAUGACAACGGUAACGGUGAACUCGAUGUAGGGGAACUUACCAAACUGAUUAGCAAUCUCGGGGUCAUAGCUAGAGAUGAGGAUUUAAAGAACCUAGUGGACGCAAUUGACGACAAUUUGAGCGGCACGAUAGACUGCUGGGAGUUAGUGAACUAUAUCGACAAAAUAAUGGCCGACGAUUUUACGUCGGAAGAAAUAGUUGAGGCGUUUAACCUGAUGGACGUUGAUCAGGGAGGGGAGAUAUCACUCGAAGAACUGAGAGAUGCAAUGAAAGACGCUGACGUAGGCAUAACUAAAACAGAGAUGGAUUACAUGUUCAGAAAGGUUGAUCGUAACGGAGAUGGUAAUUUAAGCUUAUCUGAGUUCAGAAGCCUACUAAGAAGGAAAGCUACAAAACCAAAAGAAGAUAAAGCUGCAAGCUGAGUCUAGAACCUACUGAAACAAAAGAAACGAAGAGUAUGCCAUCCAAAAAUACAGACUAAACUUUCGAUCUUACGAAAACGGAUAUUCGCCCCAUUUUUGCUAUGAGAAACUAUCAUGUCAAUUGCGAUUAGAGAACAUCAUUGUGUCUUGAAACUCAAGACAACUCAAGACAACUCAAGACAACUCAAGACAACUAAACUUAAGACAACUCAUGCAACAAUGAAUUGUUUCAAAUUGAACUCAGAGUAACGAAUAUCGGAAAAAGGGAAAUGUUGCAUUCUCAAGGGAAGGCUGUAGAGUGUAGAGGAGCACAGCUUAUAAUCUCAGGAGUUAACACUGUCUUG